AUGACAACUACCCCAAGCACGUAUCCGGCCAUAUCACGGUGGUUCAAGAGACGGUAUGUGGACGUUUUUGACUGGUCAAGUCCGCACUUGAAUCCGAUUAAGCAUUUACGGAACGAACUGGAGUGCCGCAUGAAAGGCAAAGAGCAAGGAAUACGGCCGAAAAAUUUGAUCAGCUUGAAGAAGCCCGGAGGACGACUCCGCAGUCCUACCUUGAUACUUAAUCAACUUCGAUGCCACGAAGAUGUCAGGCCGUUGUCGAUGGGUUUGCAACAGAGUAGUAGUUCUGCUCAUUUGUUAUUGUCACGUUACAUUGGUUUCAGGAGGUUCUUAUGA